AUGGGGUUCAAAUUUUCCUUUUUAUGUGAUUUGUUGUCUGGUUUAGAGGACAACUGGACAGCGAAGGCGAUAACCACAGCAAAGAACAAACCGGACAUUCGAACAAUUUCCCAAUGGGUUUCCCAACAUGAGAAACGCAUUCAACACCCAUAUACCGACAAAUUGGCCUUGCUAUCAUGUAUAUUUCCUGAAAAACGAGUUGACCGCGUCUACUGGCUACAAGCAACCUCCUUAGCUCGCGUGAUUGGCCGCUGCCUAGGAUUAGGAUCAUCUCGGCUUUCAGCGUUGAAUGCAUGGCGUGAACCUGGUGGCCCAGACCUUGGGCAAUGUGUUGAGCGUGUUAUGCGGCAGGCUGAGAACCAUAUCCUACCAGACCGUGAAGUCAUGGUCGAAGAUAUUGACGAAGCCCUGAACAUGAUUGCUUCUCGCUGUCGUUUCUCCGAUCCCAAAGUUCGCCGCCAACAUAGUGCAGUUGGUGUUGAAGGUGCCCUUGCGCAUAUAUAUCGCCGUUUAAGCAGUCGGGAUGCUAAGUGGCUUACUCGCAUGAUUCUAAAAAGUUACCUCCCCGUUUCGAUUCCUCAAAACUAUACCCUACAAAAAAUCCAUUUUUUGCUUCCAUAUCUUCUUCAGCUCCGGGAUACCUUUGAAGGCGCAUUGAAGAUGCUUGACGAAACACCGAUGAGGAGUCUUCCUCCGCGUUGUGAUCCGGGAUUGGCCGCGAGUUUAUUCCAAAUUGCCUCGCAGCACCUAUGGCCACAAGCUGGCAUUAAAAUCGGGCGACCCGAGUACUUUAAAGCCCGGAGUAUUAAGCACUGCUGUAAGAUGUCCAAGGGUCGUCGCAUGAGCCUUGAACGAAAGUAUGAUGGUGAGUAUUGUCAAAUUCAUAUUGAUCUCACGAAACAAUCCACGAUUCAAAUCUUCUCAAAAAGCGGCAAAGACUCGACAGCAGAUCGAUCUGGUAUCAUCCCGACUGUGGAAAAAGCAUUAAAUACCAGAACGGCUAAAUGCAAAUUUACGCAUCGCUGUAUCCUUGAGGGAGAGCUUCUUGUAUGGACCGCAAAACAUGACAAAAUCGCAGAUUUUCACAAACUUAGAAAGUUCCUCCCUCGCUCAGGGAUGUAUAUUGGAGUCCAUGAAGAUUCACCGCCUCAGCCUUAUGAACAUCUUAUGAUUGUUUUCUUUGACAUCCUUCUCUUGGAUGACGAUGUAUGCCUCAGAAAACCUCAUCGGCAAAGGCGACUGUUAUUGCAGGACGUAGUGCAAACGAUGCAUGGCUGGGCAGAUAUUGCCGAGCAGGAAAUCCUGGACUUUAGUCGACCUGAUGGCCAAAGCCGACUAGAGGCCAGCUUUGCCAAGGCCAUUGCUCAACGAUGGGAAGGAUAUCUGCUGAAAGACUGUGAAGAGCCCUAUUUUCCCUUCUAUUCUGCUGGGACAGACAGUUCAUUUGGAAGAUGGAUCAAGCUGAAAAAGGACUACAUCCCAGGUCUUGGCGACACUCUCGACCUCGUAGUAAUCGGUGCCUAUCACGACACUCGAGAUGCAAGCUCUCUUUCAUCUGUCAGGAAACUAAAAUGGACACACUUUUUAAUUGGCUGUCUUCUCAACAAAGACGAAGUCGUACAGUCUGAGGCUGUACCUCGCUUUAAGAUUGUUGACGCAGUAGGCCGCCAUAGCAUGCAUAUUAGCCUGGUUCAAACUCUCAAUCAAAUGGGCGAAUUUCAGGCGCAAGACCCUGAAGGCUUUGAUGGCUUUCAUGUUCAAUAUGGGAACAAUGGCCUCUCGACAGCUUACGUGCUCUUCAAGAAACCUUUUGUUGUGGAGAUGAUGGGUAGUGGAUUUGAUAAGCCUUCUGGUGCCAGAUAUUUCACCCUUCGAUUUCCUCGAGUCUUGAAAAUACACGCAGAUCGAACUUUCGAACAUGCAGCGUCUUAUCAAGAGCUACAGCAACUUGCAGACGAAGCUCGGUCUGUGCCAAUAGAAGACUUGGCUGAAGAAAGAGAAAACUGGCGGAAACGUCUGAAGGUUGGCAAUGGACUCAAUCAAUACAUUGUUCAGAGAUCUCGCAGUCCGUCUUUAUGCAGUUCGAGUUCAGACCUGGAAGAGCACGAUGUAUCGUCUCAUUCUGCUAUAAGAGUGAGUGACGAUAUUGAACUAUCGUCAAAUCCUGGUAUCCUGCAUGAAUCUGGACCACGAAUCCCCGACCACAGCCAGACGAAUCACAGCACGGAUGAUGUCCCUGAAUUCUAUAUGGAUGAGACGGUGAUAUCCCAAGAUCUUAAGACACCAAUGGUCAAUAAAAAUAUACUCACUAAGAAUGAGAAUUUGUCCAGUCACAAUGUUAGACAGAAAAGGUAUUCCAAAUCAGCAACAGAUGGCCCAGAUAUAAGGGCAAGACCUUCAGCACUGCCUAGUCCCUCUCAAGUCUCCGCGCAAAAGAUACUCCCACCAAAACCUGGCCCUCCUAUCCCAAAUUCGGAAACACCGUUUGACUAUAUGGAAACUUUGCAGUCUCCUUUGACCACAAUCCCGAUAUACAUGCCUGGAACCAUAUUGAGCCUUGAACCCUCGGAGGAUAAAGAAUCCUCAAGUCUGCGCGAAUUUAUCCAAAGUCUAGGAUCAGACCGCUCAAGGUCUUUUUUGUAA